AUGGGCCAACGACUCGGUUCGCACGGCGCAGGCAUGUGGGCUCAUCCGGGAGGCCAUCUUGAAUUUGGCGAGGAGCUUGAAGAAUGCGCUAUACGCGAAGUGGAAGAGGAGACGGGAUUGUGUUUGAGGAAGGAAGAUGUACGGCUUUUAACGGCGACGAAUAGUGUUUUGGAGGGGGAUGGGAAGGAGGGGCAGAAGGAAAGGAGACAUUACGUGACGAUUUGGAUGGUGGGGAGGUGGGAUGGGAAAGGAGAGGGGCCGAGGAAUGUGGAGCCCGAGAAGUGCGCAGGCUGGGAAUGGGUGCGGUGGGAAGAUAUGAAAGAAUAUGCAGAGGGAAAUGGGGAGAGGAAAUUGUAUCAGCCUGUGAACGAUCUUUUAAGGACUAGGGGGGAAGUGUUGCCUCCUCGUUUUGAGUGA